UGUUAUUUUCGCCGAAACGUUCGUUACCUUUGCCCGCGGUCUUGUCUUUUUUCAGAAAAAAAAAGAAAUACAAAGUGCGUUGGCACUAAAUGCGUUAUCUGAGCAAUCUGCAGUCCCUAUCCAUCCGCUGGUUAAUCGCUCGUGGUCUGCUGUGUGUUGCGUUUGCAAUACCAAGUCGUUCCAGCUCCAGUGUUAGCGUUAACGUUUGUAAACCGUAUCUGCCCCUCACUGGUGGCGGCAGAAAGAUGUGCUCCACUCAAGCUUGUUCUUGGCCAACGAACUAUGAGGCCGGCACCAGCUCCGUUGCUUUUGUCACUACACCAGACAAGGAGUCGGCCAAGAACUUGGCGCGCAGCAUUAUUGAAUUGAAACUGGCGGCAUGUGUUAACAUUGUGCCACAGAUCGAGUCCAUCUAUAUGUGGGAAGGUAAAGUCAACGAGGACAACGAAUACCUGUUGAUGAUUAAAACGCGCACGGAACGCGUUGAUGAUCUCACCAAACAUGUACGCGAAAAUCAUCCUUAUAGUGUGGCAGAGGUCAUAUCGCUUCCCAUAGAGAACGGAAAUACACCGUACCUCAAUUGGAUUGCAUCUACAGUGCCAGCAAAGGGAGAGGAGAACAAAGACUAACCGGCAAAGCAAAAGUUUAAAGGCGAAUUUAAAUAAAUAUAUGCAUAUUUUGUAACCAAAGCA